UCCUCCGUUCACGAUUUACGUGCGCGCUCCCGCGUUGCGAAGGACGCUGCCACUGAGGAAGAUGGCGAAUGCUUGGAGUAUGGCGAUUUACUGCAGAAGCUGAUAAAGGGAAUGAGAAGAGAGACGUCAAAAGAUAGAAAACCAGCUAAAUAAUUCGUGCAGAAUUACGAAAGAAAGAAUGUCCCGCUCCUCAGACAGUGAGGAUGGAUACUUUGUUGCCAUGGAUACAGAGGAAGAUGGAUCAAGGCCUGUUGGAUUGGCACAGGAGGAAGAAGAGAAGCUGGGGACCAACAGAAGAGAGAGGGACCUAGAGGGCUUAGUUGAGGGCGAGAGGACAAUGGUGGAGCUACCAGAGGAAGUCCUAGAAUACAUCCUGUCCUUCCUUUCACCUUACCAAGAGCACAAGACCGCUGCACUGGUGUGUAAACAGUGGUACCGCCUCAUCAAAGGUGUUGCAUAUCAGUGUUACCAUGGUUUUCUGCGGGCCGUCCAGGAUGGCUACAUCCAAUGGGAGAGUCGUACAUACCCAUAUCCUGGAACACCCAUCACUCAACGCUUCUCACACAGUGCAUGCUACUAUGACUCCAACCAGUCCAUGUAUGUGUUUGGGGGCUGCACUCAGAGUAGCUGCAAUGCUGCCUUCAAUGACCUGUGGAGACUUGACCUCAACAGUAAGGAGUGGAUCCGCCCUUUAGCCUCAGGCUCCUAUCCGUCUCCUAAAGCGGGGGCUACCCUGGUGAUGUACAAAGACCUGCUGGUGCUGUUUGGUGGAUGGACUCGCCCCAGCCCCUACCCACUGCAUCAACCAGAGAGAUUCUUUGAUGAGAUCCAUACAUACUCCCCUUCCAAAAACUGGUGGAACUGCAUCGUGACGACCCACGGUCCCCCACCCAUGGCCGGUCACUCUUCCUCUGUCAUAGGGAGCACCAUGGUGGUGUUUGGAGGGUCACUAGGGGCACGCCAAAUGAGUAAUGAGGUGUGGGUUCUGGAUCUGGAGCAGUGGUCCUGGUCCAAGCCAACCAUCUCUGGCCUGUCCCCCCACCCACGAGGAGGCCAGUCUCAGAUUGUGGUUGGCAACGAGACUCUACUUAUUCUGGGAGGCUGUGGAGGCCCUAAUGCGCUGCUGAAGGAUGCCUGGCUCCUCCACAUGGGUGCCCCACCCUGGACGUGGCAGCAGUUGAGGGUUGAGAACGAUGACCAUGGAGCCCCAGAGCUGUGGUGCCACCCCGCCUGCAGGGUUGGGCAGUGUGUGGUGGUGUUCUCCCAGGCUCCUUCUGGCCGUGCGCCCCUCAGCCCCAGCCUGAACUCUCGGCCCUCACCCAUCAGUGCCUCUCCCGCUCCCUUGGGCACGGAGCCCCCUUCCCUGCGCGCCUAUUCCCCUGUGAGGAGUGGAGCCGCCGGGGUCGUCCUGGGGGCCGCUGAGGAAGCCCCCUGUGUGAACGGCCGCUGGGGCACACUGAGACCCCGUCCCUCGGCCAGAGGGGGUGCCAGAGAGGGUAGCCCCGGCUCCUCCUCUCAGCAGCCAUCCCCCUCCCAGGGUCCUGACAGCCCGCCUCUUCCAUCCCUCCAUCCACUACUCGACAGCUCGUCCCCCUCUCCCAGGACCAGCCCUGCCCAGGCUGCCUCCCCGCCCUCUCACCCCCCUGUCUCGUCGGACUACGGCUGGGAAUCUACCCUUUCUGCCACACACCCCCUUUCUGCUGAGGUACUCAGCACUAAUGGAGUGCACACACCUCCCCCUGCUCCUGGCUCCCCACUCACUCCACCGGGGGCGGUUUCCCCUGCUGCCCUGAGACGGGGCCUGGAGGCUGUCAAAAACCCAUCCUCUUCAUCCAUGCCAUCGUCCUCAAAUCCAUUGUCUCAAGGGGCUGCUACAGGAGUAAGUGGAAGCGGGGCUUCAGCGGGAACCUCCCCCUCAUCCUCCAGCCCACCACAGGUUGCCGCUGACGGACACACCAUCCCGCCCAUCGCACGGCGGCUUGGCCAUCACCCGCCCCAGAGCCUGAACGUGGGCAAGCCCCUGUACCAGUCGCUCAACUGCAAGCCCAUGCAGAUGUAUGUACUGGAUGUGUCCCGAGCCAAAGGGGACGGUCUUGUCUCCUGGAGGGUUUACGGUAACGGAACCCCCGCCGCCGUCACGGGUCCCCCCGAGACGAGCCUCCACACAGUGGUCCAAGGGAGGGGUGAGCUCAUCAUUUUCGGGGGCUUGAUGGACAAGAAGCAGAACGUGAAGUACUACCCUAAAACCAACGCCUUGUACUUUGUACGCGCUAAGAGGUAAUGUAACGACGGACAGGGUCGUGAAUGAUGCCAGAAAGUGUUGCUAAGUAACGGACGAUCAAUUUUCCAUCCUGACCCAUACAAGAGAAGUGAAAGGUCUUAUUCCUCUACCGCAGAGGAUCAUGGGAAAAUAACAUAUCACACUAAUUCUUGGCAUUUCUUUCUUCUCUCACACUAACUUCUCUCCCUCUACUUCUCUCUCUACCCCCUCUUCCUAUCGCAUAACUUCAAAGAAUAUAACAUUUCAGACAGUACAUUUUAUUAAGGACGUUGAGGGUGUUGUUGCUAUGACUGAGGAUUGGAUGAAUGGGUAUCCUGACCUCCCAACACCUGCAGUGUGUGUGAGAUGGUUGGUCAAAUGGCCCGACAGGACAGCAGUUUUUCCAUUGAUCCCUAAAGAUUUACAGUUUCUGUUCCUCUUCGGUCUCCCCGCUGUGCACUGAGAGGGAGAGAAAAGUAAAUGGUUGAACGAGCCCUGGGCUGAAGAGGGAGGAACAGUGGAUGGCUGACUACUUUGCUUUUUUAAUCACUCUCUCAGCCUGCAUUGUUUACAUUGAAGAGUGUAAGUGUGUGUGAAAGCGUGUAUGUUGAUGUUGGGUGUGAGUGCGUGUGGGUGUAAAUGCUAUUGUAUGUUGAUUUUUUGGG